GUCGUCAACCACAUGUCACGUGAUCUGCUCUCUGAGGCGGAGGAAGUAAGGAUUCCGCCAUCUUGAAAUUUGCUGGGUUGGUAGAUAUUUUAUCGGUCCUCAUCCACCAUGGACGCGAACGGUAAUUCUGUCAUCGUAUGUGACAAUGGAACAGGGUUCGUAAAGUGUGGAUAUGCCGGAUCUAACUUUCCAGCUCACAUAUUUCCGUCUAUGGUUGGACGGCCUAUUAUUCGUUCCUCUCAAAAAGUUGGAGACAUCGAAGUUAAGGAUCUUAUGGUUGGCGAUGAAGCAAGUCAGCUGAGAUACAUGUUAGAAGUGAAUUAUCCAAUGGAUAAUGGAAUUGUACGAAAUUGGGAUGACAUGAAGCACGUUUGGGAUUAUACUUUUGGGGAGAGCAAGAUGAAUAUUGACCCUAGGAAUACUAAGGUUCUGUUGACCGAACCACCGCUGAAUCCUAUGAAAAACAGGGAAAAGAUGAUCGAGGUGAUGUUUGAGAACUACCAGUUUGAAGGUGUCUAUAUCGCCAUCCAAGCUGUGUUGACCUUGUAUGCACAAGGUCUUUUGACAGGUGUAGUCAUUGACUCUGGGGAUGGUGUUACCCACAUCUGUCCUGUUUAUGAAGGCUUUGCCCUUCCACAUCUGACCAGGAGACUUGAUAUUGCUGGCCGUGAUAUCACAAAGUACCUCAUCAAGCUUAUGCUGCUCAGAGGCUAUGCAUUCAACCACACAGCCGACUUUGAGACGGUCAGAAUGAUGAAAGAGAAGCUGUGUUAUGUUGGGUAUAACAUUGAGCAAGAACAAAAGCUGGCUCUAGAAACCACUGUUCUAGUUGAACAGUACACGCUCCCUGACGGCAGAGUAGUAAAGCUCAGUGGUGAGAGGUUUGAGGCACCGGAAGCCCUGUUCCAGCCACACCUUAUCAAUGUAGAAGGUGUAGGAGUAGCAGAGCUGUUAUUCAACACUAUCCAAGCUGCAGAUAUAGACACCCGGUCUGAGUUCUACAAGCACAUCGUCCUGUCUGGCGGCAGCACUAUGUACCCUGGUCUACCAAGCAGGCUAGAGCGCGAGAUCAAACAGCUCUAUCUAGAGAGAGUGCUUAAGGGAGACACUUCCAAGCUAUCGAAAUUCAAAAUUCGAAUUGAGGACCCACCAAGAAGAAAGCACAUGGUGUUUAUGGGCGGAGCAGUGCUGGCAGACAUCAUGAAGGACAAAGACAGCUUCUGGAUGACAAGGAAAGAGUACGAAGAGAAGGGAGUCAGAUGUCUGGAGAAGCUAGGCAUACAAAAAAGCUAGGAGAUCAGGGGUUACUAUCGCACAAAUCCAACGCCUGUAGAACAGACCUUAAAACAGGGACCAAAAGGAUAAGGAGUGCAUUUUCAAUAUGAGAUAACACAAAUCGCUCUAACAUGGAUUGAUACAGUAACAAUGCCUUUAAAUUUUGCUAUAAAAAUAUGUAUCUGUAAAUAGUCCAGAUUGGGUUAGAUUUUGUGUCUAAUGCAUAUGACCUGGUAACUUGACAGCUAUUAUCCUUAUCUGUUGUUUCUUUAUGGAAUUUGGUUUCACACAGUUAUUACACAAGUGCAUAUCAGUCUAUAUGGUACUGUAUAAUAUAUGGGGAAAAAGUCUUACUUUCCAUAUGUAUUACUACAGUAAAUCGAGGUUCCAUUGUGUAACCAAAAUUUUGGUGGCUCUAAAAGCACUUGCUAUCAGUCAUCAACAUUGCUGUUCAGCCUUGCUUGGCUAAAUGCAAUAUUGCAAAGCACCUUAUAGUAGUACCUUCUAGACAAUCUUCUAUCAGCAAAGCAUGGCUGGAAUUUCGCUAGGCAAGCACUGGCUCUUCUUAGGGCUUAGUUAUUUUCAAUCUACAAAGUACUGAUGCGAUUCUCUUAUUAUUUGUGUGUAAUUAGUAAAUCAACCUAAACUAGAGGAUAUAGUUAACACCCUUGCAAACAAGCAGACAUGUUGAAGUUCUAUACUGAAAGAGUAUUUGAAUAUAGGAAAUGGUAUUUUGGCAUUGAAAAGUUUUAACAACUUAGCCUGAUAAAAUGUCAUAAUUUGUAAAUUUGUCCAUUCAAAAUUAAAAUUUAUUUCUUUUACAUUUUUUGAUGCUAGUGUAUAGAUAUUAGAUCCAGUUUCACUUUGCUGGAUUAAAAUGAUUUUGUAUAAAAAACCAUUUGUGUUA